AAGGGGGAGGCAACCGCUAUCUUUUUUUCUUCUUUUCUCUUUUUUCCAUUUGUACCAACGGGCACAACUGGCUCAGGCGUGUUUGAGUCCAAUUGAAUUGCAUUUUUUUCCCCUUUAAUUUAAACAGCCUGCCUCUUUAAAACGCAUUAAACCCAAACAGUUGAUUGGUGUCUUACCACUGAAGGCUUUAAAUAUGCGAGUUUGGACGACUUGUAGCCUUUGACAUCGAAGAGGGGGGAAAAAUAUGUCGACGAGUCAAUAAACCUACCAUGGAAAGCCUAAAGGUCGUCCUUAUCUAAGGAAUGGGAUUUUUUCUGCUUAAAGCGACGUGAUCGAAAGAGGAAACCCCGAGGUGAGUUAGGGGCGAAAAUUGUUUAGAAAAUAGUAAUUUGUCCUACAAAGGCGAGUUGUUGAGGAAGAGCCGCUACGGAUAUAAAGAAGGCUAAAGGAAAAUAUUCACUGGGACACAUGAGGGCAGGAUGUGGCAUCACCCUCCGCUCUGAGUGAGUGUGGGCAGUGUCGAGCUGUUGGGGACAACCGGUGGUCGCUUCCUCCAGCCUCCCACCUUCCCGAAGCAGCUAUUUUCCUCCAUAUGCUCACCAAAUAUUUCACAAUUUUUUCAGUUUUCAAGUGCCUGUCUGCCCGCAACUCCUCUCUUUGACUGUUCCAGUCGCGAAAUUAGAGAAAUUAAACAGUGAAUCUAAAAAGAAGAAGAAGCGGAGGAGAGGAGGAUUAAGGUACCCAGGGAGCCGCCUAUAUGAAGAUGCUGAUGUGUGACCGCGGCGUCCAGAUGCUCGUGACGACGGUGGGCGCGUUCGCCGCCUUCAGCCUCAUGACCAUCGCCGUCGGCACGGACUACUGGCUGUACUCGCGCGGGGUCUGCCGCGUGAAGAGCAGCGGCGACAACGACACGAGCCGCAAGAAUGAGGAGGUGAUGACGCACUCCGGCCUCUGGCGAACCUGCUGUCUGGAAGGAACAUUCAGAGGUGUUUGUAAGAAGAUUGAUCAUUUUCCAGAGGACGCCGACUAUGAGGCGGAUGCUGCUGAAUACCUCCUACGUGCUGUUCGCGCCUCCAGUAUAUUUCCCAUUAUGAGUGUUGGUCUGCUGUUUCUGGGGGGGCUCUGUGUGGCUGCCAGUGAGUUUUACCGGAGCAGACACAAUGUCAUCCUCAGCGCAGGAAUCUUCUUCGUAUCUGCAGGCCUCAGUAACAUUAUUGGAAUUAUUGUCUACAUCUCAGCCAAUUCUGGAGACCCCGGUCAAAGUGAGAGCAAGAAGUCCUACUCGUAUGGCUGGUCCUUCUACUUUGGCGCCCUCUCCUUCAUCAUGGCUGAAAUGGUGGGCGUUCUGGCAGUGCACAUGUUUAUCGAGAAGCACCGUAAACUGCGUGCCAAGUCCCGAACCGAGCUCAUAAAGAAGUCUGCCUUCAGCCGCAUUCCCUCCUACCGCUACCGAUUCCGGCGCCGCUCCAGCAUGCGUUCCUCCGAGGCCCCCAGCCGAGACGCAUCGCCGCUGGGGAAGGGUGGCUACACGGGACCAGCCGCCUCAGAGAUGCCCAUGUACACGCUGAACCCAAGAGAAGCAGGCAAUGCAGGCAACAAACCAGGUGGCGGCAUAGGCGGGCUGCUCAACUCAGAAAGGGAGUUCCUUCAGAGCAGCACGCUCACUAAAGACUACAACAAGGACCCCAACCGCAGGACCACACCAGUCUGAAGGAAUCUGGCUGUAGAUAUCACCCAAUCAGAGUAUUGUAAAGAGAAGGAGGGGAAAUACAAUGGAAAUCCAAGCAAACAAGGGGAAUACCAGUGGUUAUGGGGUCAGGAAGGGGUUUGAUUAACUCUAACUGUAAACUGUGAACUUUUUAGCCUUUGAACUGUGAAUCCUUUGCCCUCUGAGAGUUUCUCAGUGUGUAGCAGGGUGAGUUUGAUGGAGAAGUUGUUCCGAACUCCACGUAUACCUGAUAUAGUUAUAUAAUUAUAUCCAUAACUGCUUAUAAAGGAUGACAAUUGUAAUUUAGGUUAAUGAUUUUCAUGUUCAUAAAUUGACUUUCUGACACAUUUUUAAGGGAAAGAAAAGACAGAUAUAGAGGUAACUUGUUUGGAGCAACUUCUCCUGACAAAGUGCAACUAAUGUGAAAUUGAGAAGACAGAAAAGAAGAGAAAAUCGGUGUGAUAUUUGAUCUUUAGACCUCUCUCCUCCUGUCCUUUUGGGUAGAAGUAGAGCUGGAUUAAUAAAGGGAACAGUUAACUUUCUAAGUAUGAUAUUUAUUGGUGAGAAAGUUACAUUUAUCGCAAGGCUUAAUUCAGCUUUUGUUCAGCUGGUUUCAGAAAAGAGAAUUUGUGGCAUUAACAUUUGUUGCAUUGGUUAUUUCUCCAUUUGUUUACUAUUAACUGACUUCAAACAGAACUGAAACUGAAUUGAGCUGAUUCCAUACUGGACCUGCCAACGUUGGCUGCAGAUGAGCUGUUGGAGAGUCAGUAGAAAAGGCGACUCAACAAAUCUAAUGUUCGAUCCGUUGGUGCUUCCUUUCAGCUGUGUUUUUCUGCCACUUCUUCUUUUUUUUUUUUACCCAAAAAUUCAAGACAACCAGAUAUCUGUCUGUUUGCUUUCACAAAUCACCUUUCGCCUUCCAUGUUCUUACAUGUAGCCCCAUACUCAACUCACUGACACCCUCUUCGCACAUCCUAUUGCCCUACCUUCCCUGUACUUAAAUCAACAGUAGAUUUAGCUUCUGUCUUCCUUAGGGUUUUCUGGACGUUAUUUUUUCAGGGUAAAGUUAGGGAUGGAGUCGGUGUAAGGGAGACCACUGAGCUGUGAAACAUAUAUUAAGGCAGUGCCAAAAAAUGUACUUAACUAACUAGGAAUGGACUUUUUGUGUCUGCCCGAUACCUCUCGCUGAACAUCUUUCAAAUUAAUUCAACGUAAAGUUGUUUUUGAUUGAUCAGAAUGGCUGCUUUAGUAAAAAGAGAUAAAAAUGGCCCUUUAGCCAAAGAAGGCAUCUCUCCAAUAGAGAGUUUUAUUGGUAAAGAGCUAGGCAUAUGCUAGGCAAAUUAUUCAUCUGUAAUUGCAGCAGUAUAAUCUCACACAAAAUUUCAAGAAAAUGGUUAAUUGCACAAAUCUUGGUAUUUAACUGUUAUUUAAUAUUAAUUUAUUAAAAGCUUUUUUAAAUAUGUACUUUACCUUUUAAAGUUGAUCGGAGUUUGUAAGAACUUCUUAGUAACUUCUCUGUAUAAUCAUGAUAUAGCACAGAGGCCUAAUUUUUUUAGCAACUAACCACUAAAAGGGCCCACAUGUAUGUGCCAGUUGUCUGGCUGACAUGUCAAGAAAAGCUUUUACCACCACAAAUAUAAACAACUGGAGUUUGCUGGGCUCUACUGGGACUUUAACUGGAAAAUUUACUUUGGUCUGAUGGGUUUGAAGCAACACUAAGAAUAAAAAAAAAAAAACGUCUCAUGUCCAAUUUUAUGUAUGGUGGAGGGUCUGGGAUGCUGUGGGCCUUUUUUCCUUCCAAAGAACCUGGGUAACUUGUUAGAGUGGAUAGGAUCAUUAACAAUUUACAUAACAAUCUGGCGAUCUCAAAGAAAACUUACUUAACCUUCUCUUAGAAACAAUUAUAUCCCAACUGGGAUUUUUUUUCUCUACUGAUUAAAUGUGCUCAAAUUCCAGGUUGGAUUUUUCUAAAAUGUUCAAUAUAAGAUUAUGCUACUGCAGUUAAAGAUUAAUUUAUUUUCGGGCUUUUUAAAACAUCUUUACCAGGAGUGUCCAUAAAUGUCUAUGGCACUGCAUGUGGACCACAGUGUAAAGACAGGUACACAGAUGAAAUCCAUCACAACAUCCAAAAACAUGCUGCAUUCAAUUCAAACUGUUGCCCACUACCUCCUGUGUAAACAUGGUGUCUUAGUAAAAAAAAAACAUUCUACUCUUAUAUACUUCUUACAUCUCAGCAUUUCCAAACAUGCUAAGAUGAAAUACACAAAUAUAAAACAAAAAAUGUUUUAAAUCAUUCCUAAAGUAAAGAUCAUUCCUAAAAUAGCAUCUGUAGCCAAAUUUGACAAUUUAAUUCUAGAAAAUACAAACACUGUUGCCUAAUUUCAUCCAGGAGAUGUGUCAGCGGUUCAGUUAUCAGCAGCUGUGCGGGGAUUCUGUUAAUAAAAUGUUUAAUAAUGCCGACUAACUGAUAAAUAAUGUUUCUGUGCCAGUGAGGCUUUAGCAAGUCCUUAAAAAGAACAAGAAGAGUUUUAUUGCCACUUAAUCUUCCAGUAUUUGCUGAUAGCACCUGAUAGAAGGUGUGAAAAUAAAAAGAAGCCAUAAAACAAAAUGGGAAGCAUCUGACAAGAGAAAAAGAGUUGUGCAAACAGAGCAUACUGUGCUGUGUUAAAAUAUUCUUUCUCUAACAGAUUUUUGCAGUUUUUGCUUUUUCGUUUUAUUUUAGACAGAGAUAACCUGAGUAAAUACAGAAGAGUGUAAAUACACUCUUCUGAAAAGAAGAGUGGUCCAAAAUCUCUCCAUAUCGAAGUAGACUCAUUGUCAAAUGGUGUAAGGGCUUGAUGGCAGUUGUGGCAAAGGGUGUCACAAGCAGAUAUUAGGAGCAAUUUUGUUUGAAUAUCUUUAUAAAUCAUAAAUGAAAUUAUCCUUUGAAAAUGUCUUUGUAUUUACUCGGGUCAUAUUUCUCUAGAAAUAAAACUUAUUCAAUGAUUUGAAACUUUUAAGUGCGAUAAUAAAAAGCAAAAAUUGAAGAAAUCUGUAAGACAGCAAAUUCUCUUUCACAACACUGCAAGUAACCAGUGGUCAGUUUCACAGCUCUUUUUUUAUUCUGUUUAUAGGACCUCUGAGUGAGAACAAAAAUGUAUAUAAAUGUAUUUUUUGCCUCCCAAAGUCAUCAUUGCACUGUUUUUGUAUAAAAUAAAGAUGAACCGACCCUGAGCCGACACCUCCACACCCUGCUCUGACAGUCACCACCCUAACAAUAAAAGAUAUUCUAAUCGCACUCAAACUCUUUAAAUUACAAAGCUGCUGUCUUAUCUCCUGUCUUUCACGCCAUAAAGGGAACAUAAAGGGACAAAUGGGCACCUCUCAAGCUGCCCUCCACCUGUGAAUAUUAAUUUUGCAAGCUAACUGCAGAAUCAGCUGCUGUUGUGGGCUGUCAGAUGAGGAGGAGGGGAAAAACACUUUUCUCCAAGCAAGGGCUUUUAAUUUUUAAAGAAUAGGAGCACACAAGGGCUUUUUAUGCUCAGCACUGCAGCAAUGUCGCUUUUAAGGGUGUAAAACUGGAGGGAGCGUGGAAAAGGCAAAAGACAUUUGCACAGAAACAACUGUUUUAAAACCAGCUGAAUAGCUCAGUAGUAAUAUAACAUGCUUUGAGCAAAAGAGAGGUAGAAGACGCUCAUCUUCUACCCAGCUUUCUUUCAGUAGGUAGAGAUGAGUAAUACUGCCUUAAAGAAAGAUAGGAUAAUUACAAAUUAUUGGAGUUAAGAUUCAGCAUACUAGCUAAGCUAACUAAUUGCUCAGAACCAGUACCAAAUAUUACUCAAAAUGUCUCCUUUGUGUCGCAGUGUCCGGGUUAGCUUUAGGUCAUAGAAUCACUGCUGUAUAUACUCUUUUUCUGUGUAGGAUUUACAGACUCAGCAGUUGUAGCUAUGUAGUUCAGCAUAAUGAGGGGCCCCUUAGAUCCUUAGGGUCUGUUAGGCGCCACAUUUAGUACUGCCAUCCAUGAGCCAUGUUAGCAUCGACCAUUCAAACCCAUGCAUGCUACAUCCAUUCGCUUCCAUUGCUUUUAAUUGCUGUAUCUUAAAUCGGGCCUCAAACAGCACCCUGAUCUCUGUUGCUGAUCGGACGCUCGGUUGGAACCUUAAAGACGCUUCAUUCAAGGCCUAACCUGUGUGGAUGUUUACCCUAACAUAGCACAGGGUGCUUUUUGAGACUCUCCUUCUGCCACCAUUCAGCUUUGAUACUAUAUCAACAAGUAAUUGUAUUAUUAGCAAAGAAAUAUCCUAAAGGUGCCACUGUGCAGAGAAGGACAAACUCUGUCACAUUAUAUACUAUAUAUGUUCAUUUUAGGGGAGGGGGAUUGAUUAUAGGGUACAGAGUUGGGAAGCAGAAGUUGUAGUCUUUCUAAUAUAUUAUUCUAGUUUCCUUUUCUACUUUGUCGUGGCUGUGAGGUUUUGUUGUUUCAAUCACAUCCGACGCCUCUGACAGGAGGGACGAGCAGAGAGCCGGUGGACUGCUUGUGGACAUUUACCUCACCUCACUGGUGCCAGAGACUGCGUUACCCAGCGAGAUGUGCAGCACUGCAAUACACACUGACAGUAACACACAAACAAGCACUUUACGUUCCUGUACCUGCAAGUUCCUAUACUUCUGAGGACAACAUAUCCAUCACAAAAUGGGUUGUUUAAAUUGGCAGGGAUUGAAAAGAGAAAUGAGCUUGUCGUGUUAUAUGGUAAUAAGUAGAUAAAAUUAUCUCUAAAAUGUUUAGCAUUAGCUUUUAAUAAACUUUUACCCCCUAAUAUUUACAUUUUCUUAGUGCUUUAUUUGAAGUUGUGGCAAAAGCAGAAACGUUAGACAGAAAAGCCAGCUUACUUUAUUCGUAUUUCUCGAUUCAAGCAAAAAUUCGAUGAGGUGUGAAACUUUGAGAAAAUAGUCGCUUAACAGUCCUUAAAACAGUCACCCUUGUAGGGGGAAGGAGGGUAAUUAGGCUCCCUGUUUUGGAAUGUUUGUCCUCAUUAGUACAGAAACAAAGCCACACAAGAAUAAAUACACAUGUAUGGUCACAAUUGCAUACACACACACACACAUUCCUUAAUGCUGAGACAUGCACAGAUACCCACACUGAGACAGCACCCGCUCACAGCUAUAGCUUUGCCCAGUGUGGUGCAGAAACUAAGUGCAUACUGCUCUAUGAAAAAUCACUGUGUCAUAUUUAGUGUUUCUUUGGGACAAAACGAACUGUUCCUGAUGAGUCCCUGUUGCGUCGACCCAAUAGGUGGAGCUUUGAGCAAACUGAGCCAGCUUAUCAUACAUGGACAACCAGAUGAACUGAAAUGUGAAUUCAAUAGGCUAGUUCUGAGACAAAAAUAAUCGCUAUACGCACUCUAACACUACCAGCACACACUCACAAACACUGACACGAAUAUAGUUCCAGUGUGAGGAGGGCUUACAGGUGGAUUUAUGUCCUGCAUGUUUGUGCAUGCAUGUUUUUUUGUGAGCGGUGAUGUUUAUAUGUGUGUAUGUGUGGAGUUAGCCUAUCCUCACACAUGCACCCAGUGCCUGCCUAUCCUGCCUUCAGACAGCUCCGACAUCAGCUGCGGAGCUUCCAGGAUAACAUUUUUCUGGAUUCCCAUGACUUCAUAGGGUCACGCUGGAAGUCGGUUCAGAGCUAAAUGCCCCCAUGGUUCCUAGGCAGUCUCAGCCAAACAAGCUAAUUAGACUGUUUUGAUUUAAGUAAGUUCUGGUGGACUAAUGGGGGCUUAUUUUACCCACCAGAUGUGGUGAGACUUUAUAGUAGCAGCCUUCUGCUCGGGCCUGGCUGUGUUUUUUCUUUAAAAAAUUGGUCUAUAUCUGUAAAACUAUAUUAGGUACAGUGGAAAGAUCUUAGCAGGGAGGCAAAAGUUUAUUCACUCUCUCAAUGUCCAUGACCAGUCUUUGAAACUAAGAAUGAAAAGGAGCAGUACGCAGGUGUUUUGCAGAUCAGCAGAAGGUGUAAAAAGUCAACUUUUUUUGCCACCCUUGAUUGCUGAUGUUGAUUCUGGUGUUAAAAGACAACAUCUCAAGGUGCAGUGGUUGAGGGAAAGAUGUCUGGUUCUGGAACUCCAGGGUCUCAUUUAUGAUUUUUGCAGAUAAUGUUCUAUCCUCUUCUUCAAGCCGAGCUGAUUGGAGCACUUUGCAGUGUGAAAAUGGGAUGCAAGGCAGAUUCUCUAAGUUUGAGCCCAUGGUUCUUAACUGGAAAAGGUGGAGUGCUCCAUCUUUCUCACUCAAGUGAAGCAGUCCAAGUAUUUUGCUGUUUGAUUGGCGAAUGAUAAGAAAAAUGGACAUGGGUAGCGAGGUUGCGAUUUUCUCUGCAGUAAUUUGAGCAUUGCUUGUGGCUGUGAUGAAGAAGAAGUAGCUGAGCAGAAUGCCAAAACUGUUAAUUUACCAACCUGUCUACGUUGUAACCCUCAGCUAGUGUCACUACGUAUCAAUGAAGAUACUCAAGAUCCAAAAUACAAGUGGCUGAAAUGAACUCCCUCUGUAUGGUGUCUGGACUCAAUCUUAGAGGUAUUGCGGGAAGCCCAGUCAUUGGCGUGAGCUCGAAGUAGUGUUUCUGGAUCCUUAUUGUUAUAAAGAGUCAUUUGAGGUGAUUUAAACAUCUGGGAGAAGACCCUCUGGCAGACCCAGAACUCGCUGUAUAGGGACUAUAUUUGUCCCCUCUGGCCUGGGAACCCCUGGGGACCCCCCAUUAGAAGCUGUAUGGGAUCAAUGGGGAAUAGGAUGUAUGGAUUUCCCUACUGCAGUUACUUGUAUAAGCUGAUCUUAAAUAAGUAAAACAAAGAUCACUGAAUUGAUGGAUAGAUACUUCUGGUCUUAAAUUACUUGGUAUAACAAAAAUGUUUAUAUUAUAAGAGUAACCAAAAUUAACCACAAAAGAGGAAAACCUUUUUGCUUAACAGAUUGAGAAUAUGGAAAAUUGGAUGAUAGAUUUACCUGUUGAGAGGAUUUCGAGACCUUUUUAGCCUUUUUUGCAGUUAUGUUCAUUUUAAUUCUUUGAACUGUUUUUUUUUUAUCUCCCAAAAUUUCCUAAAUGGAGUCUAUAAUAAAUCAGCAGCCAACAUUUCAAUAUUAUUCUUGCCUUGGUGCUUGAAAGCUUGUAUUUAUGAUUUUGUUAUAACUUUUGCCACAAAGAUCCUGUAGUUAAAUACACUGCUUUAACCUUAAAAAUUUACUACGGGGUUAGUUGUUGAUACGGCUAACCAAGCAUAUUUAAUGCUGCCAUUGGAAUGCUGAAAACAGUGGGAUGUUUAACCAAAUCUGGGAGUUAAGGUGUGCAUCACUUACACUGAGGCUUUUCUAGGAUAAAAUGUUUUUAGAUGUUAAGACGAAACAACUGACUUUACAAGUAGUUCUUAUACGAAAUAUGAUAAAAAAUCUUUUCAGAGUUUCUGCUUUCUGACAUGUGACUUAGAUUGCAGCUAUUCUAUUCAUGUAGGAACCUUUCAUUUUACAUUGAUUCUCUACAAAACAUUGGAUUUUUUUUUAUUGUUUAAUCACCAUCAUUUUCUCUUUUUAUGUAGAAAAAAACCAUUUUAUAACCAGAUUAUCUCAAAAAGGCCUAUUUGCUCCAAUAAUAGUGUCUUUUCCUUACAUGGUACUACACACUGUGGUACAGUUUAGCUAAUUUUAGUAGAUGCAGGUCAGAUGGUGUAACUGAUUCUAAAACGUUUUUAUUACUACCUCAGCUGGAGUUCAAGAUUUUCAAGCUUGCCAACCUAGCAAUAUGAAAGUUAUUUUAAGAUCUGUCAGGUCAAAAACAAUUACCACCACUAGGCACUUACAUGCUUCCUUGCUUUAUGUAGCCAUGACAAAAUCCAGCUAGCAAAUUAUGAGGAACAUCACAGACGUAUCUAUUUUGUGCUUAGAUUAAAUAGACUGGGAAUGUCUUAUGUUUCAUGAGCAUGUUUGAUAACUGCAAAUAUGGUUACGCAGAUCUAUCUGUAUUCUCCUCCGUCAAAAGCUAGAUUUGGGUUUAGCUAGCAAUGCAACCAGCACUCGUCGCCAACUUUGCAUGGAACUGUCUAAAUCAGUGUGAAGUAAAUAUGCUGCAUUCAACAUGCCUCAGAAGAUCUUGAAUCUGGGAAAUACUACAAGUAAAAAAUUUGUAGGAUUUGCUAAACAUUGUGGUGUCAUCUAGGAUGAUAACAAUGGAUUUCUCUGCAUUUUUUGCAUUCAAACAGAAAAGCAAUGUGCUGAUAAAUACAAGUUGUACAGGGAUAUGUGUGCUAGUGGUUUAAUAAGAUACAAACUGAUUAGUAAUUUAAUCCAUCAACUCUCACAACCUUCUAUACGCACGGCAGCCAUAUUGGAUUCUGAACCUGUGAAGAGUACUUUCUUUUGUGAAUAAUGUAGUUUUUGAGAGAAAUUUUAGGUACACCAGGAAUUGGAAAAAAGACAUUUAGGCAGUUAAUUGGUCAAAAGUGGCAGAGUUGCUUAUUUUUUGUUUGAGGUGUACAAAACUAGCUUGUAGUAGUCAUUAUGCACACACAAUCAAUAUUUACAGAUGUUUUAGUGAGAAAAAUAACACGUUAUCUGUUUAUGCAAUUAAAGUUGUAGCCUUUUAUUGUAAAAGUGAUAAACUCCUGCAGAAAACAGCACGCUUUAUUGCAAAACAAUCAUUGCUCUCCAAAAUCUCUUAUAUUCUUGUACUGGCUCACUGACAAAUUAUCUGGAUUUAGCACUAAGGACCCGGAAAAAAGGUGUUUGCUGGGUAUUCUCAGAAAAGUUCUCUGUUUUCUGCUUUCUCACAUGUAGCUCAACAUUAAUAAGAACUUCCGUAUGUCAAUGGCAAAUGACUGUAACCUGACUCUGUCCAUCACAAAAUGACCUGAGGACUGUUAAAAAACAAACACCAGAGCAAACUCAGGGGAGGGUUCAGUGACAUUUGCAUUAGUUAUUCACUAGGGUUUUUUGGGAGUACAGGAAACCACAAUAAUUGACUGAAGGCUCUUUGGUACAAGAUAAACUGGAGUAUGAGCUCAGUGAGCAGCAUAAAUCUUUCUGGGUUUUUUUUUUUUUUGAGGGAAUGUGUUUGGCAGGCAUUGUAGCAGUUGGCUGGAGGAUUAAACCUUUCUCAAAUGAAUAUAAGGAAAAGAAACAGGAAAUAGCUGUUACUCUUUCUAUCCUUAGGGUUCACACUUGGCGUUGUGUUUCCUUUCAGCAAAAAUGAAAGCCUCAAGUCAUACGUGCAGCUGAAACCUUGAGUAGCCAUUUCAAAUAUAUGAACAAAAAAACUGUUGGCGGCAAAGUUCAAACAAGCCCCUUAAAGCGUGUUGAUGGGUGACAGAUGUCUGGUUGAAGAUUUGGGCAGCUUUUUAAUCCUGCUUCACACCUCUGAGCCCUGUCGUGAAAUAAGUAGCCCCUGCAAACACAUAUAUGCACACACAUGCAUGCACGAACAUGCUGGCACUCACAUGUGCAGACACAUACACACACACACACAACUGCCAGCCACUUUCACUGUAUAAUUUACAAUGUGAACCUCCAAGUAACAGCAGUCUGACAUGGACACAUGCUGUAAAAAUAAAAGCACACUUUUACUUACAUUAUAUAAAUAUGAAUACCUAUAUGAAUAUAGUAUAAUGAUUAGAAAAUAAAGAAACCUCUUUUUCAAAA